ACCUUCUUCCCUCAAGGAGGAGGAAAGGAGAAUAAGAACCUGCAAGGUAUCCUACUCUUCUCUCAGGGUGACCCGCAGUGCAUUACCAUCCUCCCUGUUGUCCCGCAACGCAAAAGUGGAGACAUUUGGAUGACAGUGGAGAAGCUCCCCAAAGUGUAUGAAGGGGAGCCACCCUCCUCCAGCAAUAAAAUCUUAUUCCGAGGCAAGACAAAAGUGACAUGGCGGAGGCACACAAUUAUCAUGUUA